GGGGCUAAAAUUAUAUUUGUGUAGAAAGUUGAAUUCUUCCCUAUGAAAGAAGACCCCACGCACCCCUGCCCCCAAAUUUUCAUGGGCGAUGGGAAACUCACCCGGAAUUCACAUGUUUUCUUAAUUAUCAUAACCAAUUUCAGCUCAAAUUCACAUCCCACUUUUCCCUUUUCUUUAUUGUCUUCACCACCCUCUUGCUUUUUUGUAACAAACACUUGUGAUUCUAUGAAAAGACUCCAUUCUUCCGAACACAUCCAAAACCCCCUUUAAAACCCUAGUCUCAUAGCAGAACCCCAUGGAAAAACCAGUGUAAAGUCCUCAUCUUCUUUCUCUGAUCAAUCCAUAGAAUAGUAAUGGCAGGCCUCCAUGUUUCUCUGUCAUUCUUGGUCCUCGCUGGGCUGAUGAAUCUGGGGCUGUUAUCAGCCUCUGAAAAUGGGAACAAUUACCUUAGAGAAGCAUGCAGUGUGACAAGGUAUCGUGAUCUUUGUAUCCAUUCACUGGCAUCAUUUUCCCACACUGCCAAACGAAGUCCUAGCAGGUGGGCAAGGGCAGGGGUCUCAGUGACGAUAGGUGAAGCCAAGCAUGUAGCUCAGUACUUGGUGAAGCUAAGGAAACGAGGCACGAUGAGGGGAAGAAACGGAGCUGCCCUCUCGGACUGUAUAGAGUGUUUUCAGGACGCCAUUGACAAUCUUCUCAACUCACUGGGGAUGCUAAGAAAGCUUAGCAGCAAGGCCUUUGACAGGCAAAUGAGUGAUGUGAGUACUUGGAUGAGCGCUGUGCUCACAGAUGAGGACACUUGCUUGGAUGGCUUCGAUGGCAGUAAGGGGAAACGGGCUAAGUUCAUUCGAAAUCAGGUCCAGAAUGUCACUUACAUUACUAGUAAUGCACUGGCCCUUGUUAACAAACUUGCAACUGCUGGUGCAGGGAGCCUAAAUAUUCCGUAGUAAGGCAGGGUAAAUUGUAUGUGACAUGUAGACUAGUUGGGAAAUAAGGAACUAGCUGUGAAUCAGCUGGCUUCUCUUUGUAUAAGACUUAUGUAACCUUUGGACACUUCUCCUUUGAUAGUGAUGAUCUAAGCAAUCCUAUUGCAAGGCCAAAAAAA